AGCCAAGAAGAACACCCGAGGGCCGUGUCGGCAGUUGAAGACGGCGAAGGUCACCCGGGUGACCAACAGUCGUAUCAACAUCGGAUACGACGAGCGACAUCGGGCACCGACGGCGAAGUUGCAUAGCUCCUUGGCCCACGACAUUGGUCAUGUCAUUCGGAGCUAUUGCCCGAUGCAAUGGAAGUCUUGGAAGGUGAUGCCUGACGAGACCAAGACUGAGGUUCGCGGCCAGUUGUCGACGAACUACAACUUGGAGGACCUUGAUGAAGAGUCGUUGGCGUACGUCAACAGACUCUUCUCUGAGAGGUACAAGCAGUGGAAGAGCGACUUGCACCACCAUUUUGAGGCGUUCGAUGAUCCGCAAGUCGCCCUUCAAGAGGGUUGCCCAAAAGAGCUUGAGGGGCGGGAGGAUAGUUGGGCGUGGCUCUGCGCUCAUUUUCAGGCGCCCGCUUUUGUGGUGGCCACUCUUCAGAGCCAGAUGUCGGUCAUUCUGCAGUCCCUCGCACAGUCCGGCAUUCCAGUCCCGCAUUUUGAUGUGCCGACCUCCGAGCCCGUCCAUCCCGAGCAUCCCCACAAGAUGCCGGCCCCUGUAGACCCCCAGACCUCUGAACCGCAUGUGCCAGACGAUAAUGUAGAUUUUGGAACAUUAUUCGAUUAG